AUGGCUUCUGGUACGGAAAUCCAGCCUUCAUGGCUUACCUUCCUCAUUAAACAAGCCUCGAUACCAUCUGGCAAGGAGUUCGUUCCAAAAGUUUUAAACAUCUUCAUAGACUUUCUCCUCUCCGAGAACGAUGAUGCUGCUGCGAAAGCCGCCAAAAAAAUUGACGAUUCUACGCGGGACUCUCUAUUUUUUGUGUUCCAAACAAUAUACGACUUAGCGGCACUUAUACCAUACGAGGAUCGUAAACAAGACAUGUUGUUACAGCUUAUAGUUGAGCUUCUGAAACUCCCAAGGAAAACUUUCAAGGGUGCCGACGGCAAAGUGAGCAAAGACUUAAUUGUCGAGGAGAGCCCUACUUAUCAUGAUCUUAAUAUAGAAGUCAAGCACGAUAUGUGGAAUGCGAGAAACGUGGAUGAGCUUGAUUUGGAUGUGAAAACCCAAGAUGAGUAUACUCAAUCGUGUAUUGAGUGGGUCAAUCUCUCCGCAUUCUAUGCUCGCUGCAUUGCUGCGAAUAUUGAUGAUCACGAUAAGAACGCGUGCAAAUUCCCCGAUAUUGAGAUUCGUGAAGCUUUGGAGCCGGAUUACGAUCCUACACCGGGAAUUGAUACAGAUUUUAGGGUUGCGAUAGCAACUCGAUAUAUCAUCGUCGCUGGAGAGAAGAUUAGGGAGGAAAACUUUAAAUGGUGGGAUGAACAUGUUCCGAUUUGGGAAAGGAAGUUGGAGGAAUUUGAACGUAGUUAUGAGAAUGGCUUCCCCGAAUUCACCCCUCGUUUUGAGACACCACCUGGCGAGAAAGAACUCAUCGGCACAGGAGAUUUGGGAAUGGAUAUCCUAGCAUCUGUGAAAGCUGCGAGGAAGAAGUUGAAGGAUAUGCGAGGAGUCCUUGAGCAGGAAAGCAAUGAAGACCUGACUGAGAAGAAGGAUGAAUAA